AACUUCACCUUUUGCUUCCUUUGGCUUCAACCAUUUCAGCUCCUCACCAAAUUCAAAAACCAAUCAAUCAACAUGGCAGAAUCAUUUCUCUUUAGCCUUGCUGAAUCAUUUAUCACCAAGGUUGCUUCUCGUGCUGUUGAAGAAGCUUCAUUGGCACUCGGCGUCUAUGAUGAUCUACGAGAGAUUAAAAACACUGUGUCACUCAUCAAAGCAGUGCUCUUGGAUGCUGAGUUAAAGCAGAAGCAGAAUCACGAGCUUCGUGAAUGGCUGCAACAGAUCAAACGUGUCUUCUACGAUGCAGAAGAUGUAAUCAAUGAUUUUGAGUGCGAGGCAUUGCGAAAGCACGUAGUCAACACUUCUGGUAGCAUCAGAAGGAAGGUACGACGUUACUUAUCCAGUUCUAAUCCUCUUGUUUAUCGCCUUAAAAUGGCACAUCAAAUCAAACAUAUUAAUAAGAGAUUGAAUAAGAACGCUGCUGCUAGGCAUAAUUUUGGCCUUCAAAUCAAUGAUAGCGAUAAUCAUGUUGUAAAAAGGCGGGAGUUGACUCAUUCGCAUGUAGUUGAUUCUGAUGUGAUAGGAAGGGAUUACGAUAAGCAAAAAAUUAUUGAUCUCUUAUUGCAAGAUAGUGGUCAUAAAAGUCUCUCUGUUAUUCCUAUUGUUGGAAUUGGAGGCUUGGGAAAGACUACACUUGCAAAGACGGUGUUCAAUGAUAAGAGUUUAGACGAGACUUUCCCAUUAAAGAUGUGGGUGUGUGUCUCCGAUGAUUUUGAACUUCAGCAUCUGCUCAUUAAAAUCCUCAAUUCAGCUAGCGUUAGUGAUGCCACUCCUAACCUCAUUCACGAAGAGAACAUUAAAAACCUUGAUGUGCAGCAGCUACAAACUCAUUUGAGAAACACACUUGCUGGCAAAAAAUUCUUGCUUGUCUUGGAUGACGUGUGGAGCGAGGAUCGUGUCAAAUGGAUAGAGGUGAAGAAUCUAUUACAAGUAGGAGAUGAAGGAAGUAAAGUUUUAGUGACUACACGUAGUCACUCAAUUGCUAAAAUGAUGUGCACAAACACAUCUUACACUUUGCAAGGUCUUUCUAGAGAGGAUUCCUUGUCUGUAUUUGUCAAAUGGGCAUUUAAAGAGGGAGAAGAGAAAAAAUAUCCAAAAUUGAUAGAGAUUGGGAAAGAAAUUGUUCAAAAAUGUGGAGGGCUUCCUUUGGCCCUAAGAACAUUGGGGAGUUUAUUGUUCUUAAAAGAUGAUAUAGAAGAGUGGAAGUUUGUUAGGGACAAUGAGAUUUGGAAUUUACCACAAAAAGAAGAUGAUAUUUUGCCUGCUAUCAAAUUAAGUUUUGAUCAAUUACCAUCUUAUUUAAAACGAUGUUUUGCCUGCUUCUCCCUCUUCGAAAAAGACUUCAAAUUUGUUACUUAUACUGUCACUGUGCUUUGGGAGGCUCUUGAUUUUCUUCCAUCACCAAACAAGGGUAAAACCUUGGAAGAUGUCGGUAAUCAAUUUUUGCACGAGCUACAAUCAAGAUCUUUCCUUCAAGAUUUCUAUGUCUCUGGUAAUGUUUGUGUAUUUAAAUUGCAUGAUUUAGUGCAUGAUCUUGCCCUAUAUGUUGCCAGAGAUGAGUUUCAAUUGCUGAAACUCCAUAAUGAAAAUAUAAUUAAGAAUGUUCUCCAUUUGUCAUUUACUACAAAUGAUUUACUUGGACAAACACCAAUUCCCGCAGGACUGAGAACCAUACUUUUUCCAUUAGAAGCCAACAAUGUAGCUUUUUUGAACAAUUUGGCAUCAAGGUGUAAAUUCUUGCGAGUUUUGCGGUUAACUCAUUCUACAUAUGAGAGUUUGCCCCGCUCAAUUGGUAAAUUAAAACAUUUGAGAUAUCUCAAUCUUAAGGGAAAUAAAGAAUUGAAGAGCCUCCCUGAUUCAGUGUGCAAACUUCAGAAUUUGCAAACUUUGAUUCUUGAGGGAUGCUUAAAGCUUGAAAAAUUACCCAAUGGGAUAGGAAAUUUGAUCAGCCUUCGACAACUACAUAUAACCACAAUGCAAUCUAGUUUUCCAGACAAAGAGAUUGCCAAAUUGACUUAUCUAGAGUUCUUAUCUAUCUGUUCUUGUGACAAUUUGGAGUCAUUGCUUGGAGAAUUAGAACUACCUAAUCUUAAAUCGUUGAGUAUUAUUUAUUGUGGGAAUAUAACAUCUUUGCCACUCCAGCUUAUUCCAAAUGUGGAUAGUUUGAUGAUUAGUAAUUGCAAUAAGUUGAAAUUGUCUUUGGGCCAUGAGAAUGCAAUUCCCAAGUUAAGGCUCAAGUUACUGUAUAUUGAAUCCUUGCCAGAAUUGUUGAGUUUUCCUCAAUGGUUGCAAGGAUGUGCGGACACAUUACACAGCUUAUUUAUUGGUCACUGUGAAAAUCUUGAGAAACUUCCUGAGUGGUCAUCAACUUUCAUUUGUCUAAAUACACUUACAAUUAGAAAUUGCCCGAAACUACUUUCACUCCCUGAUGAUGUGCAUUGCCUCCCAAACCUUGAAUGCUUAGAAAUGAAAGAUUGUCCUGAAUUAUGUAAAAGAUACCAGCCAAAGGUAGGACAUGAUUGGCCCAAGAUUUCACACAUCAAACGAGUUAACAUUAAAUCAUCAGAACAUGAAAAUUAAGAGGAAUGCAAGGAUAUCACUGUCAAGUUAAAAGGUAUAAGUUGCUCUUCUUUGUUUCUGUAAUAUAAAAUUAUUGAGGAAAACAUUCGGAUUCGGUUUUGUAUUUCAAUGCAGAACUGAGGUAACAACUUUCUGUUAAUUGGUUGCUGCAUAUUGCAUGUUACGUUGUUAUGUUAUUGCGCUGAAAUGUUUGGCAAAUGGAGUGGCUGAAUGUACUAAAUCGCAAAGACCCGUGAUUCUGUCUUGUUACUGUUGAAGGCUUGGAAUUAAAAGUGGGUUGGCAAUGCUUUGAAGUGAAACAGAAUGUUGGUUAUCAGCUUCAAGUGUAGUGCAUGAUUGCUGGAUGUAUUAGUAUUGUUGGAUUCUAGUUUUGUUAGAUACUCAUGUUCUUGUCAUAGGUAUCUAUAGUGACAACUU